AGGAGAGGCGUCGAGCUCCCCGCCAGAACAGGACGCGGCUGCCCGGCCCGGGAACAAUGCAGUGAAAGGAAGGCGCGGACGGCGAGGAGGGAGGGGGCACGGGCUAGGAGGUGGAGCUGGCUGCAGCUGGCGACUCCGGCUUUCCCAGGCGGCUGGGCAAAGGCAGACGCGCACGCAGCCAGGGAGCGCUCUGCUGUUCCUCGCGCCAGCUCCAUUCGCUCAGCGGCGGCUCAGGGCGCCGGCUGCCUGGCCGCCUCCGGCCCGGGACACAGCGACCCAGCUGCUGGGUGGAGGAAGAGCGGCUGCACAGCAGCGCUGAGGUGCACAGAAAUUAGAUGCAAGAACAAGAUAAAGGUGAAAGUUUGAAGGGCCCCCUGGACUCCUUGAAAGACUAGGAAAGAAAGAAGGAAAGGAAGAAUCUGAGUGAUCAUCACCAGCACCAGGACUCCAUAGGACAAACUUGGCCAGUAAAAGAUACAUGGAACAUAUGAACCAUUAGUGAUAAAAAAGAGACAUUGGAAGACCUGUACAGGAUUAUCCUGAUUCUGUAGCCAUGGAAGGGGAUUGUUUGAGCUGCAUGAAGUACUUGAUGUUUGUCUUCAAUUUCUUCAUAUUUAUGGGUGGCACAUGUCUACUAGGAGUUGGGAUCUGGGUCAUAGUAGAUCCCACUGGAUUUCGAGAGAUAGUGGCUACUAAUCCUCUGCUGUUCACUGGGGCAUACAUCAUGCUGGCCAUGGGUGCAAUGCUGUUCCUGCUGGGCUUUCUUGGGUGCUGUGGAGCCAUCCGUGAGAACAAAUGCCUUCUCCUCUUUUUCUUCAUGUUUAUUUUGCUGAUCUUCCUAGCAGAACUCUCAGCUGCAAUCCUGGCUUUUAUCUUUAGAGAAAAUCUGACUCGAGAGUUCUUCACCAAGGAGUUAAAGAAGCAUUAUCAGGGGAACAAUGAGUCUGAUGUCUUCUCUUCCACCUGGAACUCAGUAAUGAUCACAUUUGGCUGCUGUGGUGUCAAUGGUCCAGAAGACUUUAAAUCUGCUCCACGAUUUCAACUUUUGUAUUCACACGAUGCAUUUCCUGAAGCUUGCUGCCGACGGGAUAUUCAGUCUCGAGAUGGAGUGUUUCUCAGCAAAGAAAACUGUCUCAUGGGGAAAGAAAUAUAUCAAAACCAGCAGGGCUGCUACACUGUGAUUCUGAAUUCCUUUGAAACAUAUGUAUACCUUGCUGGAGCCCUUGCCAUUGGUGUUUUAGCCAUUGAGCUUUUUGCUAUGAUCUUUGCCAUGUGCCUCUUUCGGGGAAUCCAGUAAAAAGCAUUCCAUGAUCAGCUGAACAUUUUUGCCUGACCACAUGCUUUGAAGAAAGUAAAAAUGCAGGAUAAACUUUAUUUUUUGGUUAUCAAAAUAAAAAAAAGGUUUGUAAUAUAUGAAUGACCAAAAGGAUUGUACUUUGGGAGCUGGAACUCUGAGGUGCUGUGCACUGCAUUGCCUUCUCCUAGGACAGUCCUUCAUCAGAAGCCACGCAGAAUGGGUUGCACUAGAACCUCCAAGGCAUGGAGGACAUGAAUUCUGAUGGUCCACACUGAAGCAAGAUGUUGUGUGGGAUUCAUAUGCCUUUCAUGAUAGUGAACCGCCAGCUGGAGAGGAAAAGGUCUCCUUACAUAUACGAGAUCGGAAUUCAGUCUCUUCACUGAUCAGCUGAAGCAUUGUGGAAGCUUUUUUAAGCAUCUAGGGGAAAAAGUAGUUUUGACACUGCGUUGUGAGCCCAUCAACCAAGAUGAGUGAGAAACCACCACUUCAACAUCCAGGAGCUUCUUGGAUCACUGGGAAUGAGGAUCCUUUUGUCUGGAGUACUGCAGAAGUUACAGAUAUUGUGUUGGGAAAUGGGAAGGGGUUAGGGAUUUUUUCUUAAAUCAAGAAGGAUGAGGUCGAAUCAGGAGCUUUCUACAUUCUUUUUCCUACAUUGUGGAAGUGGGUCUUCUCUUCAGUGUUCUGUGAGAGGGCAAAGUCCACAGUAGUCUGACUAUUGACUCCCUCAACUUUACAAAAAGUGUUCCCCUCUAGAACAGCUGGUGCUGCUUCCCUUAGUGGUGGGAGGGUGGGAGAUUUUAUUUUAUAGCUUCUGAAUGUUUUGUUACCACAAUGUUAUGUGCAAGAUGUGUUGUAUAGUUGGCCACUGAUAGCUGUUAAUUAGCUUGUCAUCUCUGUGUUUCAGUGUGCCUUCCAGGUGUGUGGAAAAACCUCCCCAAUGGCCAACAGAGCAAUGAGAAACUUUUACAGUCAUCUUCUGCAGAGGUCCAUCUGUGGAGCUUCUGCCACACUUUUGUUCUGAAAAAUUCCCAUUUAGGUGCUUCUUGGAUUGUGGCAAUCAAAUGUAAUAACAUACCCUGUCCAGAAUCUUUUCCCUCUUCUGCUGUGCCAAAUUAUGGUUUCAGCUAUGUGUAAUACAUUUGGUUGCUUAGAAGCCAACUUUAGAAAACAGAUCCUUGCUUAAAAGGGAGAAGGGACAAAACUGAAGUUCCCAACUGACAGUUCUCCAGAGCCCUGAGCAAAUCUUUGUGGCCAGAAAUUCUAAAGGGUAUAAAAACAUAGCUAAAUGGAGGUGCAAGCUGUACCAAGCAGAAACAACAGGCUAUUGCUAAAAGACAAGAUAAAAAAAAUCUGGCAAUGUUACAUGGCCUGAGAUUUUGUAAAAUUUUGGGGGUCAGCUUGCAGGGAAUGCUCAUGAGUGUUCACCAAAACAAGGUUAUGAACUAAGUAUUAAGCCCAAGUUACAGAUGAUACAAGCAAUAACGAAAGAAUUAAAAGAUCAGCAUCACAAACUACAGCCAGACGAAAGGUUUCAAAUACUGAGCUAAAUAUUUUUAUGUUCCUUGACAUUCUCUCCUGUAAAAGGUUGCACUUAGAGUGCAUGUAGGGUUCAGGAUUACGCAACUGUAGAGCAAGGAAGAGAGGCAACAGGACAGGCCAAUGCAGUUUUCCUAUAGCACAUUGAUAAUUUCAGAUUCUAUACUGAAACCAAUCUUCACAUACACACAUAGAAGGACACACAGAAGCAGGUUUUCCUGAAGCACCUAAUUGGUUCAUACAUGCCAGUACCAUCAAAGUUGGCUGGUAAUAGCUCUCCAAGGUCUCAUGAAAGGGUCCCCCCCACCCUCCCCGCCUAUGUUAUCCAAGAUCCUUUUCACAGGCUAUAAGAGUUACUGAACCCAGGACUUUCUGCAUGUGAAGCACAUGCACUACCUUGAAUGUCCUCUCAAAAUUAAGCAGAACUCCUCUUUAAGAGACAAUCAGUGCAGAUGAGGGGAAACUCAGAACUUUCAUGAGAAUGUUACUUACUUUGGUCUUUCUGCAGCCUCUCAUUUCCAGUAGCUGUCUUCUUUCACUCUUGUCUAGUUUUUUGAUUCCCCUCCCCAUCCAAGCCUCCACAUUUUCAGUCACCUGCCAUUUCCCUUAGAAUACUCAUUUAUAACAAUCCUAAAGACAAGACACUGUCCUCUUUAAUGGAAUUGGAAAAAAUAGCUUCACAGAAUUAGAAAAAAAUAUUUGCUGGGGCUGUUGAUUCCUGUAGCUAAAUGGGGUCUCAAAGGAAGGAGUAAAACACACAACAACUGCAGAAUCUGAACGGCAUCCCCUCUUCCAAGAGAUGAGGAUAUAUUGCAGGACAGCCUCUGGUUCAAAAUGAAGACCCCCCUCCUCCACACACACAUUUUUAAACAAGAAAUGCACAUAAUAUAACAUACCAUAAUAUGAACUGUUCUGCAUCAUGUUCCUUUCAAGAUUCUUAUGCAAAAUAAGAGUGCGUUUCAAGUAUUGUAAUGGCUGAUGCACCCUUUUGGUAUAAUAUAUGAGAGGAUAGGCACAAUCCAGCAUGCUGUUUUCCUGAACAAGACUUAUUUAGAUGAAUGGGAAGAUGCUGAAAUCUUGUGGAACUUGAGCCUGAGAGCUUCAGGUCAGAUUUGUGAUUAAAUUCUAAUUGAUUCUGUGAACCUAGAUCCACUCAGUCCCUUCCACUGUCUGCUGUUGUCACUGUUACAAGUGCCUGGGAAAACAGGCCACUUGUGAAGUAAAUGUCGAAAUCUAUUUUAAAUUUUUUAAUGUUCUUUUUGUUAGAAAGCUAGAGCUAAUUUAUCUUGUAUUCCCUACUGUAAUGCUUUUUUAUAUUGAAAGGGUCUUUUUGUAAUAUAAAACAGACACUACCCCUGGAACAUUCUGCACAGUUUCAGUGUGCAUUUCCUUAAAAAAAUUAAAAAGAAAAAAAUAAAGAUAUUGUAACAAUGAAGUGA